UUUUGGGACCCUUUCCCCCGCGCUAAAGAUGCUGAUGUUUUUGCAGGGACACGUUUACUUCUCAAAGUGCUGCAGAAAUGGAUUGGGUUUGAUGUUUGAGAGAAAGGCCGGAGGAGACCGAAUUCAGCCCAGGACACUUGUGAUUGUGCUCUGCUUGCUGAGGCUGGCCGGAGGCGCCAGUCUCCCCGGCGGAAAGCUCUCCUAUCCCGGCGCCUGUCCAAACCAGCUUAAUCCCAACCUGUGGGUGGACGCGCAGAGCACUUGCGAGAGGGAAUGCACCGCCGAUGAGGAUUGUCAGAGCUUUGAGAAGUGUUGCACCAACGUGUGUGGCCUGAAGAGCUGUGUGGCAGCGAGGUUUGCAGACGGCAGCUUGGCAUCCCCGGAUCUUUCCAAGGAGGCGACGUGCGAGAGGAUCGUGUGCACCCAGCAAGGCUCAGAGUGUGAUAUCUGGGAUGGGCAGCCCGUCUGCAAGUGCAAGGAUAGAUGCGAGAAGGAGCCGAAUUUCACCUGCGCCUCAGAUGGCCUGACCUACUACAACAAGUGCUACAUGGACGCCGAGGCGUGUAUCAGAGGCAUCAGCCUGACGGUGGUGACCUGCCGGUACCACAUCACCUGGCCCAACACCAGCCCUCAGCCACUGGAAACCACGGCCAACCCCACAUCUACGAGCUCGCUGGAAGACCACAUCCCUCCUGCUCUCUACACCAACCCCUACCACCAGUCCGUCUACGUCGGGGGCACCGUGAGCUUUCACUGCGAUGUCAGCGGGCGCCCCAGGCCGGACAUCACCUGGGAGAAGCAGAGCGACCACCGGGAAAACAUCAUCAUGAGGCCUGACCAAAUGUACGCCAACGUUGUGGUCACCAACAUUGGCCAGCUGGUGAUUUAUAGUGCCCAGCAGGAGGAUGCUGGGACGUACACGUGCACGGCGAGAAAUGCCGCAGGCCUCCUGAGGGCAGACUUCCCGCUGUCCGUCAUAAAGCGAGGCCACUCGGGAGAGGGUGCAGCCAGCAAAGGUCAGCCGUUACCAUCAGGAGAGUGCUUUAAGGAGCCAGACAAGAGGGAUUGUGGCCACCAGCAUGUCCGGUGGUUCUACGACCACAAGAAAGGCACCUGUUCCACCUUUGUGUCCGGUGGCUGCAAUGGCAGCAAGAACCAGUUUGAGACGUACGAGGAGUGCAGGUUGGCCUGUGUCAAUGAGACGGUGAACAUCUGCACUUUUCCAGCCGUGCAAGGCCCUUGCAAGAUGUGGGAGGCCCGGUGGGCCUACAACUCGCUGAUGAAGCAGUGUCAUGCCUUUGUCUACAGCGGCUGCGAGGGCAACAAAAACAAUUUUGAGAGCAAGGAGACCUGCGAGGAGACUUGCCCCUUCCCAAAAAACCAGCAAUGCAAGGCCUGCAAGCCCCGGCACAAGAUUGUGCCCAGCUUCUGCAGAAGUGACUACGCCAUCGUGGGAAGGGUGACUGAGAUCGUCGAGGAACAAGACUCCGGCGUGGCGAGGUUUACGCUGGACGAGGUGCUGAAGGACGAGAAAAUGGGGCUCAAGUUCUUUGACUUCAAGCACUUGGAGGUGAUAAUGAUAAACAUGGACUGGAACUGCCCGUGCCCGAACAUAACCCUUUCAGAUGGACCCCUCCUUAUAAUGGGCGAUGUCCAUGACGGGAUGGCAGUGCUGAGCGCCGAGAGCUAUGUGCGGACUGUGAGCGACAAACGCAUUAAAAAACUGCAUGAAAUCAUGGAGAAAAAGACUUGUGAACUCCUGCAUCGCUUCCAGGAUUAAACCGAAUCACCUCACAGCUAGUUCGAUGGUAUUUGUUACUGUUGAUUAUAUCUUGUUAUACCUAGAUCCAAGUAUAAGUUGGUAAAUGCCUUUGUAUUUUUAUUUAUGUGUAAUUCAGCUCAAACUUAUUUUUUCUCCAUUUUUGUUCCAUUUUCACAUUUUUUCAGUGGCAGUGAUCCAGACUUGGGGGUUACUACAUAUUAUUCCACAUCAGACCCAGUCAAAGCUAAUUUUAAAUGCAAUCCCCCUGGAAAUCAGUCCACCCUAACCCAUAACACCUGGACUAUUCCUGCUUCCUUUUACCCCUGUUCAUUGCUGCCAUCGCCAUUUCCUGGGAGCCUUCUAAGGAGGCAUAACUAAGGUUUGCACCUUCAUGUAUUAAAGGAAAUCCAAAAGGCAUAUACAGAUGACUGGACUGGGUGCCAGGAAGAAGGAUUUUGUGAGUUGGUUGGGGAAUCCUGAAUUAGAACAAAGAACUGCUAAGAGGAGACCAUGAAUGGUCUUGACAAGUUAAGUAUUGCAGUUGGAAAUUACAUCUAUCGGCAGAGAACCAGAAGGCACAAUUUUAAGAAAGCACGAAAUAAAAGUGGAACACUUAGCGAGUCAGUGUUCAGAAUGCACUGCCUGAAGGGAUGAAGAAAUUCAUAAAACAAUGGAAUUCCUGCCGCAUGGGACUGGCUAUACUUUCCAUCGAGUACUAGCCAAUAGAAUCAGAAUGGUGUAGCUUCUGAGGGAAUGGCUGUACAUUGAAGGCAGCGCAAAGCAUCGGCACUGGGUCUAAAUGCUGCGGGAGUUAUGUAACUUUUCACUGUCCUCAGACCAGAAUCUAGGUUUAGAAAAUGGUGAAGAUCACGAAUCAAGUUGAUUCCUUGGCUCACGAGCCCCUAAUUUUCAGAUUUCCACUAAAAAAUCACUGCCCCUUUUUCUCACUUUAAGAUGUAAACCUAAAUCUAAUAAUAAUAGUCCAAAACAUCCACAAAUUAACUAAAAAUUAUUUUGGAGAAUUUAAAGGGGACUUCUCAGCCAAUAUAUGAUGGCAACAGUUUUUAAGGAAAUGAAACCUCAAGGUCCAUUUAUUAGCAGUGAACAACAAGCAGCACAAAACUAUGGUAAUAAACAACAUGAGUUACAUAAACACCUAUAAGUCCAUUGGAUUUUGUGUAGCAAGUAAUAGUAGGGACAUCCCUGAUAUAUUAAAGGAUUACAUGCAAGCAAUAAAAAGUAAUCUAUGGAGUUGGCUUUGAAUAAUGUGCAUGUUCUGUAUAGGAAAAUAGGUUAAUAACUGAAUUUACAGAUACUUCCAUUUCAUUAUAACAGAUGAUGAACAAACUUAUCACCCAACCAGCUAGUUACCAUUGUUUGAUAAAGGUUGAAAUGUGGAUUUUAGUAAGAUAUCUAUAGUGCAUGGGUCCACAGUAACUUGGCUUUUUGGAUUCAGAUUUGGCUUUCCCAUAGAAGACAAAAGGUGGUGGUCAAUGGGCCAAAGGUCAGUUUCCAGUGGUGCUGAGCAGAGACCUGUAAAUAUUCAGUGUAUCACAGAUCGGUUGCAGGAGUGGGUAGAUAAAUGUCCAGUGGAGAAUAAUCCAGCCAGAUCUGAGGUGUUACACUUUGGGAGAUCAAAUGUAAGGAGAAAGUACACCAUUAAUGAUAAGGUCUUUUACAGUGUUGAUUUGCAGAGGGAUCUUUGGGUCUCAGUCUGUAGCUUUCUGAAAGUGGCUGCACAGCUUGAUCGGGAAGUGAAGAACGUGUAUGGCAUACCCGCCUUUAUUAAUUGGGGCACUGAGUUCAAGUGUUGGUUGGGAAGAUGUGUGGCACCUUUGUAAACUCUAGUUAGCUGCAUCUGGAGUAAUGCAUUCAGUUCUGGUUGCCACAUUAUAGGAAGGAUGUGGACACUUCGGAGAGGGUGCAGAAGAGGUUUGCCAGGAUGCUUCCUGGAUUAGAGGACAUAUGGACAAACUUAUACAGUGAUUUUUUUCCUCUGGAUUAGAGAAGGCUGACCGAAUAAAAGUUUAUAAGAUUAUAAAAGGCACAGAUAGAGUAGACAGCUUGUAUCUAUUCUCCAGGCUCAAUAUGUUUAAUACUAGGUGACAUGCAUUUAA